AGGCGUGUCCGAAAACUACAUGUCUCGCCUACAACAAAGUCAUUCUUCUUUAAGCUCCAUACUUCUACGUUACCUGUAAAACCCUGGCUUCGCGAACGUGAAAUUUUUGUGCCGUGGUCAAUCAAUUGUCGCCUUUGUAACCAACCGGAAACUAUAGAGCAUUGUUUUAUUUUCUGCACUGAUGCUUACCUUUUCUGGGAUGUCCUACAAAGGACACUGAAAAAAGACUUGAAUAUCAAUGCUUACACAAUACGUUUUUUGCCCUUAAAAUCGAAUGAUAGCUUUCCUUACGAUCUGUUUACAUUAAUGGGGUUGCAUAGCCUCUGGAAAACAAGAAUGAUUGACAGGAAUGCGGACCCUCCCCGAUCUACCAAAUCAAAUUUCAUUGAAACCGUAACGCAUGUACGAAAUGUAUUUAACUACCUUGACGAGCGGCCAGAUUGGUAUGUUCUUUUUGAUCGAUGCAUUAAUCUACCUGACUUUUAGCACGUGCAUUUUGUAUUUAUUUAAUAUUCCUUUCUGUUCCUUCUGUCUGUUCACGACAAUGAGCCUAUGAGAGUAUAAGAUAGAGAAUCAUAUGUAAUGGAAAUUGGGAUGUGAUAAC